AUGGCUGCCCUGCUCUUCCUUGCCCUGAGUGCCCUAAUCCUCAGCCAGGGCCCACGGCCAGCGGGUGAUGGGCUGGAUGAGGAGACGCGCGUGCGCAUGCGGGAGCGAGAGGAGAUGCUGAAGAGGGAGAUGGCUCGGCUGCUGCGGGAGGUGGAGAGGCAGGAGAAGGCCCUGCAUCUGAGGAGCCAGCAGCAGAGCGGCUUUGUCUGGUGGGCCUUGCAGCAGUGGCAGUCCUGGGCCCUUGCUGCAGCCCUGCUCCUGCUCUGCGGGCGGCUCAGCAAGAGGCAGCCAGCCAGCAGCAGCAGCAAGGAGGGCAGCCCCAGCAAGAAGCCGCAGAAGAGGCUGGUGUGCAAAGCCUGGCAGAAGGUGCCUCUGGCCUCGCUGGACUCCCCUGCCGCGGUGCAGGACAUGCUGCGCAAACUUCUGGACACCUGCCAGAAACUGUACCACCGCACCUGUGUGCCACGGCUGGGGCGACCCAUCAUCCUGGACGCCCCAGAAGGCUGCAGCACAGGCAGCUGUGUCUACAAGGUGCUCAUUCCCCUCUCGGCACCCCACGGACAAGCCUUCCGCCUGGAGCAGACGCCCGUGGGCUUCUACAAAAUCGGCGUUUGGCAGCGCUGCGCCUGCAGACAGCGCCUGAUCUGCUUCCGCCACUCCCCUGAGGAAGAGCUGCAGAGGUUUGGGGCUGCCAGCAUCGCGGACUCCGACCUCUGCCGUGGCCCCUACCUGGAUCUGGAGAGAACCUACUUCUGGUUUCACAGGGUGCUGGCCGAGUGCUGGAAAUUAUUCCCGCAGUUCAGGCACUACGAGCCAGAGGUGCUGGCCUCCAAGCGCUCCUGCACGCUCCGCCUGACCUCCCCUUCCCAAAGUACUCUCCUGAUAGAGAUGACAUUUGGGUUGCAGAUGAAAGCGGGCGUCUUCAAGGACGUUCAUUAG